ACAGAAGGUGCUCAGGUUUCAUGACCCUGCCCUUACUUCUGUCCUGCCUACACAAAGGUCUCCAUUUAAAGUCUUUCCCAUUCUGGCUUAGGAAAAUUAACAGCAGGAAGACGGAUGCUGUAAUUUCUGAAGACAUUUCUGUUUCAAGAAUCCGAUUGGUUUCCAUGGAUCUUUCUGCCAGCACUGCUCUUCUCUUGACCAUCUCCUGCUGCCUGUGGAGUACCGAAGCCCGAAUGUAUACAGAUGUGCUUUCUGUGCCAAAUGGGGGUCCUUGGGGUGACUGGGGCCCAAAAAUACUUUGCCCUCAAGGCAAUGCUCAUGGCUUCUCCCUGAAGGUAGAAGAAAAGCAAGAGGCAGGCGACGAUACAGCUCUCAAUGGAAUCCGCUUGUACUGUACCGAUGGCACAGUAAUUGAGUCUAAAGUUGGACCGUAUGGAAAAUGGACAAAAAACCAAUACUGCUACACAGGCUACCUGGUUUCUUUUUCUCUGAGAGUGGAACCACCUCAAGGAAUUCUUGAUGAUACAGCAGCUAACAACAUCCAGUUCAAAUGCAGUGAUGGUACUACCAUAGAGGGCUAUGGCACGAUAUGGGGUAAAUUUGGCCCAUGGAGCUGUCGCUGCCCCAAAGGUGGCAUAUGUGGGAUAACAACAAAGGUGGAGGAUGCACAGGGCCUUGGUGAUGACACAGCACUCAAUGAUGUGAAGUUUUACUGCUGUUAAUGGUCGAUAAAUGUUUCCUCAUCUAUAAAUAUACUUCUGCUAUGUAUUUUCAAGGACUGUUAAUUAUAGUUAAAUAUUAACUUGAGAAUAAAGGUUGUGCUUGGGCAUAUGUGGUAGUACAAGGAACCCCCCCCCCAGGUGUUACCUCUUCAAACAGUCCAGAUUGGGAGGCCUAAGGGAGGUAUCAGAAACCUUAAGCAUCGCAAGUCAUUGACUCUCUCCCCUCUCAUCUUGGUUUUGAUCCAAGUCACAGCACCAAACUAUAAUAUCAUGUUUCUGAUUGAUUGCAUGCAAAUAAAAUUAUGUUGCAUCUUCAAA